ACACAUGACGUUACAGCUGCGGGCUAAGGGCUUCCAGCACCAAAGGAUGACAAACGGAGCAAUGAAUGUUGAAAUUGGAAACCCCGCCUACAAGAUCUACGAGGGCGAGCCAGAAGACGAUGCUGGGGAGCUGCUAGACGCAGACUUCACGCUGGACCCAGACAAGCCCACCAACUUCACAAACCCAGUAUACGCCACUCUGUACAUGGGAGCACACAACAGCCGCAACUCUCUGGCCAGCACAGACGAGAAGAAGGAGUUGCUAUCACGUGGAGAUGAGGAGCCCCUUGUGGACCCCCUGACAUAAACUGUCCAUUGGCCUGGAUCACGCUAUUCCAAACAAACCCUUCUUCUUACCUUUUAAAGAAAAACAAAACAAAACAAAAAAAUCGAUAAAAAGUGUGAGAGAAAAUUGACAAAAAGUGUGAACACUGUAUAAAAUGUACAAAAAUGAAGGACUACUUUUGUAUGUGAUUGCAGUAUUAUAUUUUGUUCUUUUGAGAUUCCUCUGGUCAAAAAUGAAUAACAUUUUCUAUGAGAGAUUUUUAAUUUACACUUUGUCCCUUACCCUUUACCUAAAUAGCCACUACCUCUGUGCAAAAUGAAAUGGAAACAAGAACAUCUGAAGUAAAGAUGCUAUCAUUGGAGCAAUUUACAUUUUUUAUUUUUGUAUGAAUUGUAUAGAAAAGAAAAAACAUUGUUCCAUUUCACCAGUGCCAACUGUUUGUUGUUUGUGUUGACUUUGAGUGGGAAAGGCAAAACUCAAAGUUUUCUAAAUCGGUACAUAUGUUGUCUUGCUAGAGUUUUUUAGCAAGAUUGUGUGAGACAGAUUUGUGAUAGCACCGUUUGUGUAUAGCACAUGUAAGAUGUCAAUACCAGAUGGCAACUACAGUAUUUCCACAUAUUUUCUUCUCUGAGAACAAUGUCCAUGAAAUGAUGAUGUUGUCUUCCUUGCACAGAAUCCAUAUGUUACGGUAUAGCGUAUACUGUUGGCUUUAUACCGUAAGAUGUAAAACAGGUAUGUUUGUUUUCAUCACAUUUUAUGACAGCUGGAGCUCAUGUGUUGCUAAAGCGAGAGGUCGAGAGGCGUUUGGUGUGUGCUUAUGGAGAUGGACAGUGAGGAAGUUGGUAAUGGUUUGAACGUUCCAGACAAUGGUGGGUGGAGAUUACAGAUGUAAAGGGGUGGUAUGAAUGAAGGCCUUCUUGGGUGGGCAGUUUGCUGUGCUUAUGAGAGGGGGGCCUUAGCAGAUACAAGACUGAUGGACUGUCAUUUCUGCACCAUUUAGUUGUGUCACAAGGCUCUUCCUUUAAAAGGAAAGGGAGUCUGCAAUUAUGGUCAAAUCGAGAUGGGUCUUGUUUGUCUUUUUAUUUCUCCAGUCCAUUUGUUUUGUGUAAAGACUAGAUGACAUCAAUCUGGCUUGUUGAUUUAUCUUUUUACCUUUAGAGGAUCAAGGUCUGUACGUUCACAGUUUUUGUAAUGACUCAGUCUUAAGUGCAUUAUGUUCAUUUGGUCUUUCUAAUCUCUCACUCCUCUGUGCCCUGCUGCUGCUAAUGCUACCAUUCUGGUCGCUCUGACACGUCCUUACGCUCAGCCUGUCUCAAAAUGCUGCUUUCUGUCAGAGAUGUGUCAGCCAUAUCUUAAUGCAUGUGGAAAGUAACACCAAUCUUUAAUGUAAUAACAACUUUUUACUUUGCUUACCUGUCAG